CUCGCCCGGCCUCAAAGGCGGGCCCGCGUCCCCUACGUCCCCAACGCCCCGGCGCUCGUCGCGCGACCCCGGCCGGGGCCCCUACUACGGCCCCUACUCCUCCUCCGGCUCGGGCUCGCCCGUCAUCCCCCAACGGUCGCCCUCGACGCGCUCGCCCGGAUCGCAGCGCACGCGCAGCACGUCGCAGUCGCACACGACGACCGACUACGGCGAUAUCGUGGCGUGGACGGGCACGCUCGGCCUGGCGGGCAAAGCCCGCGACGACUCGACGGCGCCGACCACGCCGAGCUCCACGCCCGUCAGGGAGAAUAAACCGGCGGCGCCCGGGCAGGCGAAGCAGGAGGUCGCGGGGCCGCCGAAGCUGACGAUGGACGACGUGCGGGAGCGGGUGGCGCAGGACAUCGCGCUCCGCGCGAUACGCAAGGCGGAGGUCGUGGACGGGACGAAGGUCGGCGUCGUGCUCACGCUGAGCAAGAGCGGGGACGAGGCGUUCCUGCGCGGCGUCGCGGGCGCGGUGAAGCGCGUGCUGCUGCUGCAGGAGCACCUGUUCGCGAUCGCGACGACGCCGUCGCCGGGGACGAGGGCGGGCAGCGACCUCUCGUCGCUCGUGAUCUGCGGAUCGUCGCAGGACCGGGUGCAGCGCGCGGUGAUGCUCGCGUGCUCCAAGUUUUUGUCGAGGGUGGAGGAGGUCCACAACGAGGGCACGAAGUGGGUCGGGCUCGUGCACGAUAUCGGCUCGACGUCGUACGACGAGGCGGCGCUGAGAGACGUGGUCCGCAAGGCGGCGCAGAACCUCGUAGACCCUCGCAAACCGCCGCCUGGGUCGAAAGGGAUAGAUCGAAUAUUAUCUGACGCCCGCGCGAGGCUGCAGCGCCUGAGCCCGCGACAGGCCUAUAAAGAGCUGCAAGAUACGAGUGGAGCUAUACCCGUCAUACUGGUGGACAUACGGCCCGAGUCCCAGCGCGUCAACGACGGCGGGAUCCACGGUUCGCUCAUCAUCGAGCGCAACGUGCUCGAGUGGCGGUUCGACCCCCGGUGCGACGCGCGGCUGUCGAUCGCGGACCGGUACGACCUCCGGGUGAUCGUGUUCUGCCAGGAGGGGUACACGAGCUCGCUCGCGGCGGCGUCGUUGCAGGACCUCGGGCUACUGAACGCGACGGACGUCAUCGGCGGGUUCAAGGCGUGGAAGGAGGCCGGGCUGCCGACCGAGCUCAUGUUCGACGACUGAUGGGGUAGGUAGUACGUGCCCCUGACCGUUUUUGCCUCGUUCUCCAUCGCAAAUCGGGGACUGUUCAGGUACUUGAUCUUGUUGUUUGUAUUUUUAUUCGCACCGUGCGCACGAUACCAUGGCGAGGAGACGUGACCUCGACCUUCAUUAGAACUCGUCUUCUUACAAUACCCCUUGCUGUACUCGAGCCCGUACAUGAUUUGGAUAGGGAUAGGUACUGUUGUUGUUGGGACCCGCGGAAUGAAUAAUCUGCUACAUAAUCUGAUCAGG